ACCGUCGUAGUGAAAGUGAAACUUAAAUACUCCCACCAUUAUCCUCUACGAACAUUUGGCUAUGGAUUAAAACUGCAAGUUUUUCUUUUUUUCUCUCUUAACCCACCCACUAUUAGGUUGUAUUUGGACAUCUAUAAGGUACCGUGGGAAACAUGGUUUCAGUGAUAGUUGUGGUCUUUGCUGUAGUUUGUCUCUUCAUCCCUACUGUGAGGACCAGUGAAGUUUGUACCGCGUUGUUUUUAUAUUCAACAGAUUUGUGGAAAUUGGAAUGUCAGCCUACAGUUGGAAUUGCUGCUCAGACCACAGAUAUCAGAUGCUCUAUCAGAUGCCCUAUCAAAUGCAGUGGUCAUAUUGAACUUGUUGGAGUUGCAUUGACAAAAGUGAAACAGGAAAAGCCAGUUUUUGAACAUAUAAUAAAUGAGACACCAUCAGGAGACCCGCGCUUUAGUUUAGUAAACCCAGUAAAAGAUCCAUCUCUGCAACUCUCUGACACUGUGUUUUCUGAUGAGGGUGAAUAUGAGUACUAUGUUGCAACAAACAUGGGUGAAAAAACGGCAAGAAUUAGCAUCAGUGUCAUAGCCAUGUACAGAGAUCCCGUCACAAGUUCAUGGCCUGAAAAUGUUAUUGACGGAGGACCUGUCGACCUUUACUGCAAUGCUACUGAUGGCUACCCAGCAGGCACCAUUCAUUGGUUUGACCAUUCUGGAACAAAUUGGACCAUGAAUUCUAUUAUGACAAAAGCCAUCAAGGACACCAAUGGUUCAAAAUCUGUGGCUUUAUCAAGCAAACUGCCUUUCAAGUCUAUUCACUCCAGUCUGGCACCAUUUAGAUGUGUUGUCUUCAACAGCAAAUUUGUCAAGGAAGGAGAGAAGACAUUUCAGAUCAUGCUCAAACAGGAAUCAGAAAAGGUGCCUUUGGGAUCUAAAACAACGAACAUUGUUGCUGGCUUGAUGGUUACAGGUUCACUUAUUGCUGGUCUCCUGCUUGCUCUGUUGAUUUGCAGAAGAAGAGGUGAUCAGCGUUAUCACUGAAGACAUGCUACUGAAACUGCAUGAAGCACUGUUUGGAAUCAGGUUCCACUAGCAGAAGAUGAGAAGGACACAAUGCCCUGAUUCAUAUUUUGCAUUCGUAGGCCCAUGACUGCCUUGAUUUCACUACAGCUAAAGUGAAGCCACAAAGACACAAUGACAGAUACUGUACACCAGCAUUUUGUGAUAGUUUUGGUAAUAAUGAUGGUAAAAAAUAAUAAUUUUUGUAUUUGUGGUUUGUUUAGAUGAAUCGUGUCAUAAAGUGUAGUCUGCUGGAGGCUGUAUAUUGUGAAAUGACCCAAAAAGCUGGCUGUCAUGAGUGUACUUUGUGCAUGGAGGAAGGCAGCCUUCUGUCUUGGUUCUUAGUCAUUCCUGCUCCAUAGCUUUAAUAAAUACAUUUUAUGUGGAAUACAUAAGGAGAUAUUUAGAGGAAUAUCCAUGCUUGUUUUUCCAUAUAUGCAAAAAUAUAGUGAUCAGGGUUUUUACUUUUAUGUUUUAAUGUUGUGGUGUAACUGCGUAUUAAUGUAUUUUACUGUCAGGUUUUAAGAAAUGCUAAAAAUGCCUUGUUUGGACUUGAAAUGAUUGAGAGAGUUAAAAAAUUUAUAUAAUAAGAUUACUAAUUUAUGUGUUAUCAUAGCAAUAAAAACCCUGCACUGCCAUUAAGAAACAGAUGAAACUCUUAUGGGGAAUCAAGAAUAGUUAAUGUUUAGAUCAUUGCCAAAUUAUUUGAUGGUUAAUAGUUUUUAUUAAUUAUCCCAUUAUGUUCAGUCACAGUCAAUAAAUAUCAUGAGAUUAUUUUA